CCUGCUCCUCCUAACCAAGCUAACCGCUAUAGCCCUGCUCCUCCUAACCAAGCUAACCGCUAUAGCCCUGCUCCUCCUAACCAAGCUAACCGCUAUAGCCCUGCUCCUCCUAACCAAGCUAACCGCUAUAGCCCUGCUCCUCCUAACCAAGCUAACCGCUAUAGCCCUGCUCCUCCUAACCAAGCUAACCGCUAUAGCCCUGCUCCUCCUAACCAAGCUAACCGCUAUAGCCCUGCUCCUCCUAACCAAGCUAACCGCUAUAGCCCUGCUCCUCCUAACCAAGCUAACCGCUAUAGCCCUGCUCCUCCUAACCAAGCUAACCGCUAUAGCCCUGCUCCUCCUAACCAAGCUAACCGCUAUAGCCCUGCUCCUCCUAACCAAGCUAACCGCUAUAGCCCUGCUCCUCCUAACCAAGCUAACCGCUAUAGCCCUGCUCCUCCUAACCAAGCUAACCGCUAUAGCCCUGCUCCUCCUAACCAAACUAACCGCUAUAGCCCUGCUCCUCCUAACCAAGCUAACCGCUAUAGCCCUGCUCCUCCUAACCAAGCUAACCGCUAUAGCCCUGCUCCUCCUAACCAAGCUAACCGCUAUAGCCCUGCUCCUAACCCUAACCAAGCUAACCGCUAUAGCCCUGCUCCUCCUAACCAAGCUAACCGCUAUAGCCCUGCUCCUCCUAACCAAGCUAACCGCUAUAGCCCUGCUCCUCCUAACCAAGCUAACCGCUAUAGCCCUGCUCCUCCUAAUCAAGCUAACCGCUAUAGCCCUACUCCUCCUAACCAAGCUAACCGCUAUAGCCCUGCUCCUCCUAACCAAGCUAACCGCUAUAGCCCUGCUCCUCCUAACCAAGCUAACCGCUAUAGCCCUGCUCCUCCUAACCAAGCUAACCGCUAUAGCCCUGCUCCUCCUAAUCAAGCUAACCGCUAUAGCCCUGCUCCUCCUAACCAAGCUAACCGCUAUAGCCCUGCUCCUCCUAACCAAGCUAACCGCUAUAGCCCUGCUCCUCUUGCCCAUAACCAACCGCGUGUUGCAACCCAUAACCAGCGCCGACUGAGCCCUGCACGUGCUCCUGCAACCCGACCUACUGUCCAUGUUAGGUUCGCGACAACUGAAAACCACAACACAGACGGGCACUGUGACUCCCGGAUGGCAAACAGUGCUACGGCCUUCAUGAAUAACACAGACCAGACCUAUGGACACCCAGAGCAGACCUAUGACUCGCAAUUGGGGGAAGGCAUAGCAGAAAUCGUAAACAGUAUGAUGUAG